AUGAAGCUGGCCGACUUUUCAUCACCCUUUCUGGUGCUGGUCAGCCAUGCAAUUGCGAUGGGCAAAGGGGUGAUGGCACGAAGCGCCACUGAUUCACUGUAUUCGACAAAUGGUAACUCGACACACGUUGGUGCAGUCUCCACGAAAAAAGCAAAACGGCGAUUGGACACCGACGGAUUUGCACCUUUAUCAUGCAACGCCAACUUGGAUACGACCUCAUGUGCGUCAUUCACGUCGAUUUUCGGAAACAAGGCUGUAUAUUCAUCUCGACUCAUCGUUCCCUGUGGCUCAUGUAUAACUAUGGACCAUCCUGGACCGACAUUGACCUUCGGCGAUGGGCUUGAUAUUCAUGGAAAGCUCGUCUUUCCCGAUAGGUACGAACUCAUUGUCAGGUCGACCAUGAUUCUGGUACAAGGCGAGCUUCACAUUACCGCUGUAAAACCGGUCGAUGGAAAUCCGCAGGUCAAAUUUGUCAUGCAUGGUGACAAGGAUGAGUUCUUCGAGCCUGCUGACAGCAAUUCCAACAUAUGUGGCGAUGGUCUUUGCGAAGCUGGGAGUCGGUCUAUCACUAUCGCGGGCGGAAAGCUUAGCCUCCGUGGUGUGCCCGCCGAGACUCCAACUUUCAUGAAUUUGUACGAUAUGGACGGAGACUCAACCAUAAUCCUCCCGGACUCAGUAUUGGAGAAAUGGGAACCAGGGGCUCGAAUCGUCAUCACUUCAAACACUCAGGCUUGGUGGGCAGACCAACAACGAACCAUCGAAAGAAUAUCCGUUGCCAAGCCUGGUUUUGUCAACAUAGAACUAAAUUCUCCUAUUACCCGGCCAACUACUGUAAAAGACGAUGUUGGGUUUUCUGUCGAGGUCGCUCUGCUCUCUCGUAACAUCAUGUUCGAAAGUGAGGACGGCGGCGGACACUUCUGGGUCAUGCAGACCCCGCUCGUCCAGCAACUGAUCGAAGGUGUCGAGAUCUCUAACUUCGGACAGCAGGGGAGGCUGGGCAGGUAUCCGUUGCACUUUCAUAUGUGCGGAGACGUGCGAGGUUCUAUUAUCGCCAAGAACACCGUCCGAAACUCCAAUCAGCGCUGCUUUGUCGUACACGGAACCAAUAACCUCCGUCUUGAAGACAAUGUUGCCUUCGACACCAAGGGACAUUGCUACAUGCUUGAAGAUGGUAUCGAAACCGGCAACGAGUUUGUUCGUAACAUCGGUAUUCGCACCGGAGCGCCCAGAACGAUCAUUCCGGACAUGGGUUCGAACGGCAUCGAAAGUGAUGGACUACCGGCGACGUUCUGGAUGACCAACCCCCAUAACACCUGGAUCGACAAUGUUGUCGCGGGGUCCGAGCAUACAGGCUUUUGGUUUGAGCUGUUAAAGCGCGGUGACCGAAAAGUAGACUUUCCUAAUCUUGACCCGAAGACAGAUUCCAUCAUUAAGUUUGAUGGCUUUGUUGCUCACAUCCAAAAUGGAAUCUUUAUGGAUAAUCCAAUCAACGUUGAGGUCGAUCGUUCCGAGGAAGUACACCUAUUGAAUACUUCAAUCGUGGGGUACUCUGAUGGAUACAAGGAUACUGUUAGGCAAGGGGGUUACGGGUUCGCAUUAGCGCCUUGCGGCAAUCGAAAAGAUGAGUUGCUGGGGUUGACCUUUCAGUCAACAAAUCCUUGGAUUUACAAGAUGGAAUCAGAGUUUAACGGUGUCAUCAUGGACAAUGUGAGAUUUUCCGGUUUCAGUAGGAGUGGUUGUGGGUCUUAUUCUUCCAUUGACCUUGCCUCUCGUCUGGAUGGCUUCAAAACCUUCGAGAUGUUCUCUUCUUUUACAGAUGUGACCAUCGACAACCCCGACUCGAUUGAUUUUUGCAGUGGCGCAUCUACCAAUGCAGAUGAUGUGUACGUCUCCGAUGUCCACGGCACCCUUUUUGGAGAUAGGGGUCCGUCAACUCUCUUACGCAAUUCGGCUAUCUUGCUUCAUUUUGUCGACGAGAGCAAGUGCACUGACAAUAAUGAAAAGUGCUACAGCUACUGUGAGGACACUUGCUUCCGCACUGUAUUUUAUCAUGUCUCACAGAGCCAAAGAAAUGUAUAUGCACUGAAAGUGUGUGAUCGAAACAGUACUUCGAAUUGUGUCGAGGUCUCAGGUACGGUAUCUCGACCAGCCUGGCCUACGCGCUUCGCCGUCCAUGUUCCAAGUGGACGCCAAUACAACGCUUUUUUCGUAGACGCCAAUGAGAAGAGAGUCUAUCCUGACGGCGUACAAAUUACUUUUAAAGACAAGUUGUGUCCAAGUGCCCCAAAUGAAGUCGACAUUUCCCUCCUCGGCUCGGGUGGCGAAAUUGCUCCCCCAAUAGCGAACCCAACAACCUUUCCCUCAAGGCCUCCGACACUUCGACCUAGCUCGGGUGGAGUCGAAUCGACGACGAAAUUGUCAACGAGCGCUCCCGAGGGAGCGCAAUUGGCCCCUGACCCAUCCCUAGCUGAGGAUCGGAGUGUUCCCUCGCUGAGCGUGGGACGCAGCAAAUGGUGGAAGUGGUUCCCAGGCUGGAGCUGGUAAAGUUGAGCCAUUUGUUUCCUAAAGAUGAAGCCGUCUGAUCCCACUACAUCCUGAACUUCUACUAAUAUAUGACUGUCUGUAUCUUCGUUGCCUUCGGUCAACUGGAUCAGAAAUUCCAUUCCACAUACAUCGGAUAUUUGUCAUGAGUUAGUAGACAAACGCAUGACUUGUAUCGAGGUAAAGAGCCGAUGGCCAUCCUGCAAUGACCAAUCGCUAAAACUAAUCCUUGAUUUCGCAAUGCAGUCGCCAAUGCAAUCGAGUAUUGGAGUCGUUACCUAUAGUUAGCCUUGGAUGAAGCGUGGCCAAUCUCCUACAUGAUUACAUUUUCCCAUGUCUUCAACAUACCAGCAUUGAAGUUUUCGCUUACACACAAUGAAAUAUACUUUUACUGAUUGAUAAUUAGGAUUUAUUAGGUUA